UUUCUCCAAGUCUUUGAUCUAUUCUCGGAUGCCGCUAUGUAUUAAAUUCUCCUCGACAGCCAUUCCUUCCGUUUGCAUUUCCAUUCGGCGACGAGAAAAGGAAAUUUGGAGGAUUUGGGGUUUUUACCUUCAAGGGAUAGAACUUUGGCAUUGGAAGAUCUAGUCUUUGGAGAUGGCCAGUGGUUUUGAGUCAUCGGCGAGCAGGCCACCUGAAAGCGCUUCUUGCUCAGGAAGUGGUAGCAAUGAUGCUGCAAGUUUCGAAUGCAAUAUCUGCUUUGAGCUAGCUCAGGAUCCGAUUGUAACCCUCUGUGGUCACCUUUACUGCUGGCCUUGUCUCUACAAAUGGCUCCACAUUCAUGGGCAUUCUCAGGAAUGUCCAGUUUGCAAAGCUGUCAUACAGGAGGAGAAAUUGGUUCCACUUUAUGGCAGAGGAAAGACGCCCACAGAUCCAAGGUCCAGGUCAAUCCCCGGCGUGCAUAUCCCCAAUCGUCCAUCUGGGCAGAGGCCUGAAACAGCCCGCCCUCCUGACCCGAACCACUUCCCUCAGCCUGGCUUUGGAUUCAUGGGUGGGCUCGCACCGAUGGCAACUGCAAGGUUUGGGAAUUUUACAUUUUCUGCUGGUUUUGGCGGUCUGUUCCCAUCUCUGCUCAACUUUCACGUGCACGGAUUCCCUGAUGCCACCACAUAUGGAGCAGCAGCUGGUUUCCCCUACGGGUUUGCAAACCCGUUUCAUGGUGUCCAUGGUCAUGGGUUUCAUCAGCCUUCACCUCAAGGACAACAGGCGGAAAUUCUGAAAUAUGCAUUUUUCAUGGUUGGUAUACUUGUGAUUAUUGCUCUUCUCUGGUCGUAGUUCGUGUAGCAGUUGAAAUUUGGAUUCAUGAUUGAAAGCUUGUUUGUCAUUUUUAUGACUUGUUUGUGAUUUCCAUAGACCUGAAGUGGAUGUUUUUCCUUAUUUUGAUGUAUGAUUUGGAAUCACCUGCUGUCAUGCAGUGUUUAAUUCCAUGCUUCAUUAUGUCCA